UCUUGGGAGCCUCAGGAAAACAUUUCCCUCGAUCGUAUCCGGUAUGACUGACUGAUUGAUACCAAUAUUCUGCCAUUUUUUUCAGGAUUCCUAUCAUUGGAAAAUAAGUUAUUUUAAUUUUGAAAAGGACACUCAACCUUGCCACAGUGUAAAUCAAAAACGUAAUUCUCUUUACUGGGUUAUUAACUUUAAUGUUACGUUCGGGAAUUUAGAGCAGAUAUGAUCAAUUUAUGUCAUGCCUCACUUUUUCAGCAACAAAAUCAAGCUUUUGAAUGGCCUGUUUUCUAUUUACUAUUUAGUUAAUACCAUCAGAUUCUAUUCAUUAAAGGCAUAAAAAAGCUGGCUUGUCUUUUUUUUGUAAUUGUCAACUGGCAAUGGAGUUGAAAUAUUUCAACUUUUAUCUUUUUCCUUUAUUCAGGUUUUUUGAGAAUUCAUCCAAAGAUGAAGUGAUUAUCUACAAUCAAUGUGCAUCUCUUAGAGUUGCCAUUCAACAACAUCUCAAAUCCAAGUCAAAGUUACCUGUAACUAUAACAUUCCAUGGUGAUGUCCACAAAUUUCUUUUCAAAAAGAUGGGAAUUGUCAGGGAUGGUUGGUAUUUCCUAAACAAAGAUGACUUUCCCUGCAAAUAUUUCCCACGCUUUUGGGACCACUGUGCGUACAGUCAUGGCCAGGGAGUAAAAGUGUUCUAUCCAAUAAAGGUUAGACAUUUUAUUUCCUGGUCUCCAAAAAAAUAUAGCAUAGGUGAUCACAAUCCUUCCCUUAGAGCUUUUCAGGAGAAGCUUACCUUCAUUAGAGUAGCUGUUGGAGAUGACUCUUAG